CCCGCUUUGUGGAACCGUUAAUUAGACCCACUAACAGCGCAGUGUUCACCAUGACCAGACCCGAACCGUCCAGCCGCAGCAGCCCAACGCGAGGCGAACGUAUAACGCGCUUCGAUAAACCACACCAUCACGUCGAACAUGCCGGGAAUCGGGGCGUGCGCAUCUUCACCGGCAGUGAGAAACAGUCGAAGGUGUUCUGCAAUCCGGUGAUCUUCAAUCAAGACGCAACCCGUAUCCAGCCGUACCAAGAGAACGAUUGGGACAACAAUGAAACGACACCGAACCAUAUGGCGGAUCGCAUUACCAACGGUUCGGAACGAAAUAGAGACAGCGGGCGGUACGAUGUGCGACGAUCGGUAUUAGAAAAUGCACUCAACAUUGCGUUUCUAGCGGCCAACUCGAAUCAGCUGCGUCUACUCAGCACCUCCAACACGGAGGGGCAGAAUUGGACUAUCUAUCUGGCGAUCUUCACCCUGCUGAUAGUGUCGCUCAUACUUCAAAUUCUCAACUUUGUCGCCAUGCUGAUGAUGUCGACGUACACCAGUCAGCGUUGGCCACUGUUACGAACCCUGGCCUGCAUUGCUGCCACCGUAAUUGCGCUGCUAAAUCUGGCCGCCGUAACCAUGCUGAAUGUUUUACUUGAAACACAGUAACAUUAAUUUCCAGUUUCGGUACGAAAUUCCAUCAUAUUUGUUUGAAAAUAUUUUGCUAAUUAAAUGAUCUCUUUUUGAUUGUUAUGUUUGUUUAUUUAUAAAAAAAAUGACGAUUUAAAUCAAAUAAAUGUUUUAGUCAAUUUAUACCACCUUAAAUAAAUUAGUAUACAUCUAUACAUACAUUCGAAAUAUGAUAAAAAAUGCAAAAUUAGAUUAGAAAUGAAU